GCUGGAGCGAGCGGCGGUUGCGCAUUGAGUGAGUGGAGGAGUUGCGAUGGAGGAGCGCAGAGAGCGGUCGGGGGUUUCGCUCAACCCCAGCGUGCGGCUGUUCGGUUGUGUCCUGGAGGGAUCAAAGAAAGAGUACAAGUUCAAGGUGCAAGAUGAUCCUAUGGCACAUCAACUUGUUCUGAAGACGGUGUGUGUGGGGCCUAACACAAAGGAUGAGCUGCAUGUUAUUGAACUGGAAGCCAUGAGUGCAAAUGGGAAAUUGAUCAAAAUGCCCUUGACUUCUCUGAAGCCGUCCGUUCUAACUACUAUGGGUCUGGGUGGAUUUGAGGUGUCUCCCCCAGUCCGUUUCCGCCUGAAGAGUGGCUCUGGUCCUGUUUACAUCAGUGGAGAGCAUAUCAUCGGUGUGCCUGAAUCAGAUUCUGAAUCUGAAGACGAACAUGUGAAAGCCCCCGCCAAGAAGGAGCCAGUGAAACGCAUAUCUUCACCCAUAGAGCCACCCGCAAAGAAAAUUGCAAAGUUAGAAAAGUCGACGAAAGCUAAAACUAAAAGUGAUGAAGGUGAUGACGCUGAUGAUGAAGAGGAUGAUGACGAUGAUGAUGAUGAAGAAGAUGAGGAUGAUGAGGAGGAGGAAGAGGAGGAGGAGGACGACGAAGAUGAUGAUGAUGAUGAGGAAGAAGAUGACGAUGAGGAUGAUGAAGAUGAAGAAGAUGAAAUUCCAAAGACUCCUCUGAAAAAAACAGUUAACACUCCUGUGAAAACCAAAAAUCUAGGAGACAAUUCAAAACCACCGAAAAUCUCCAAGACUGCAGUUGCUAUAGACGACAUUAAAACGAAAAUGAAGGCCUUGGUUGAAAAGGGGCAGCACUUACCGAAGACCAUACAGAAGUUUCAGAACUUUAUAAAAAGUUCAUUCCGACUUGAAGAUCAAAAAGUAAUUGAGGAGCUUUGGACCUGGGGUCAGACCCUGAAGCAAGCCAAGUGAGGGGGGCCCAAAAUUGCCACUCAUUUCUCUCAAAGAUCGCCUACAAUUUGCCGAGUUGAUGGAGGUUCUACAACCUAUUUUGUCCACAGGAUAUCUGCAAACCACAUUUUGUUUGAAGUUGUUUCUACAAACAUUUGUAUGUUCAUGUCUUUGGUGACACAGAUAUGCUGUUCUAAAAUAUUGCCAGAGGGAGUCCAAAAAGCAAGUUAAAAUUAAAGGCACGGCCAAUGGAAACAUAGCAAGUGUAUCAGCAUCUUAACAAAUCUGAGAUUAAUAUUUCUAACCUAUUAAUUGCUUUAAGAAAUUACAUGAAACCCUCUCUUCUCCUUUAGAUGCUGAUAGGCCCACUCUGUUCUCAACACUGUCUAUGUUCCUUAAUUUGAUUUUAUAUAGCUCAUAGCCAAUAAAUUCCAUGCAAUUAAAAGCAUGCAAAAUAAUUGGACUAGUUGUUCUUAAAACUACACAGAAUGCCAUGUCCUUUAGACAAUUUCUCUUUUGAUGGCCACUCGAAGCAUACUGUACCUCUUGAGCUUACUGGGACUCCCUGGUGUGGUGUAGGAGGUAGUUCUGGGUCUGAAGCUCGUCGAUCCCUGAUCUCUCAACCCCAAGAACCAAGGAACGGGGAAGAUUGGUCAGAGUUUCUGUUCCUGCGGCAUGAUAGCAUAGCGCUCUACAGUACUAGUGACUCAGGUUCAAUUCACGCCACUGCCUAUAAGGAGUUCAUAUGUUCUCCCCGUGCUCCGAUUUCCUCCCACAGUCCAAAGACGUGCCGGUUAAUAGGUUAAUUGGUCAUUGUAAAUUGUCCUGUGAUCAGGCUAGGGUUAAAUCGGGGGUUGCUGACGGAAUGGCUCGAAGGGCUGGAAGGACUUAUCCUACACUGUAUCUCAAUAAUAAGUAAACAGAUGAAUACAGCGUCAGCGAUCAGGGUUCAAUUCCUGCUGCUGUCUGUAAAGAGUUUGUACAGUAUGGUCUCACCAUUACGGCAAACGUUUCCUCCGGGUGCUCCAGUUUCUUCCCACAUUCCAAAGACAUAGGGGUUAGGGUCAGUGAGUUGUGAACAUGCUAUGUUGGUGCUGGGAGCAUUGCACCACUUGCAGGCUGUUCCCAGCACAUCUUCAGACUGAGUUAGUCAUUAAAGUAAACAACACAUUUCAUUGUAUGUUUCGAUGUGCAUGUGGCAGAUAAAGCUAAUCUUUAUCUCUCCUGACUAGCUGUUUACAGGAAAUUUUAUCCACACAAAGUGCUGAAGGAACUCAGCAAGUCAUACAGUAUCUAAGGAGGGAAAUGGGCAGUUGACAUUUCAGGUCAUCUGGACUGAAGGAAGGAGGGGAGUAUAAAGAGGUGGAGGGAAAGUGUGGACAAAGAUCUGGCAGGUAAUGAAGUGUCUUCCCUUCUUGAGUCUCAACCCAAAACGUUGACUGUUCAACCCGCUGAGUUCCUCCAGCACUGUGCGUGUUGCUCCAGAUUCCAGCGCCUGCAGUCUCCUGUGUCACCAAAAACAAAUUUUUUUUAGAUAAAUUGCCGCGUUGUUUUCCAAAGUUCAAUUUAAUGUUGAGUCUUCACUGGUGAUACCUUGUUCUGAGAUGGCCUGGAAUCUUUUUAAGGAGUCUUGAUCACACCAAAGUUCAAAGUAAAUUUAUUAUUAAAAUACAUACGCGUCACCAUAUUCAACCCUGAGAUUCAUUUUCUUGUGGGCAUACUCAAUAAAUCCAUAGAAUGAUAACCGUAACAGAAUCAAUGAAAGACUGCACCAUCUUAGGCAUUUAACCAGUGUACAAAAGACAACAAACUGUGCAAAUACAAAAAUAAAGAAAUAAUAAUAAUAAAUACAUAAGCAAUAAAUAUCAAGAACAUGAGAUGACGAGUCCUUGAAAGUGAGUCCAUAGGUUGUGGCAACAUUUCAAUGAUGGGGCAAGUGAGGUCGAGUGGAGUUAUCCCCUUUGGUUCAAACGCCUGAUGGAUGAGGUAGAUGGAACUUUUAUCCCUGAACCCUGUCUUUGCAGAGGUUGUCAAAGGUACUACAUAAAUGCAGGUCAACCUUUCCACCUUCGCCUUCUGCUUGUUCCACAAAUGUGUGCAUGUGGACCAAGUGCGAGGUCAGAUCUGUGCGUGGACCAUGAAGGGUCUCAGCCUGGAAUGUCCAACUAAUCUUUCCCUUGGCUCUCGGUGUUACUCUCCGUGGAUGCUGCCUGGCUUUCUGAGUUCCUGCAGCAUUUUGUGUGUGUUACUGUUUGUGGAGUAGCCAGCCAGUGCUGACUGGAUAGGCUGGAAUGUGAAUAGGUGGCCAUGUCACGGGCAUGUGCUGGCAGACUGCUUCUGUUUACUGUCGAGCUUUCUUUUUAACGAUUAGCUUUACUUGUCACAUGUACAUUAAAACAUACAGGGAAAUGUAUCGUUUGUGUCUGAGGAUGUGCUGGCGGCAGCCCUCAGGUGUUGCCAUGCUUCUUACAACUCACCAACCCCAACCCGUAUGUAUUUGGAUAUUGGGAGGAAACCAGAGCACCCAGAGGAAACCCACUUGGUCACAGGGAGAAUGUACAAAGUCCUUACAGACAGUGGCCGGAAUCGAAACCCGAUCUUACAGCUUGUGCUGUAAAGCAUUGCGCUAACCACUUUUCACCCUAUCAGAAUCAGGUUUAUUGUCGUUUACAUAGGUUGUGAAAUGUGUUGUUUUGUGGCAGCAGUACAGUGCAGGCGUAACAAAGUUAUAAUUUUUUUUUAAAUCAUGCGAAUGAGGAAUAGUGAGGUCGUGUUCACAGGUUCAGAAAUCUGAUGGCAGAGGGGAAGAAGCUGCUUCUAAAACAUUGAGUGUGUGUCUUCAAGCUCCUGUUCCUCCUCCUUGAUGCCAGCAAUGAAAAGAGGGCAUCUCCUGGGUGGUGGGGGUCCUUAACGAUGGAUGCCACCUUUUUCGAAGCAUCGACUUUUGAAGAUGGUCUUGAUGCUGGGGAGGCGAGUGCCCAUGAUAGAGCUGGCUGAGUUUACAACCCUCAGUAGAUUAUUCCGAUCCUGCACAGGGUCCUUAUCAUGGAUAGUUUAAGUUCCACAGUUAAGUACCAACUAAAUUGUAAAAGGACUCAAUCUGCUUGCUACCUACUGGAAUAAUUACCUGAAUACCAUUGUUUCCUCCCCCAUCCCUUUAAUCUUCCUUUCCAAAUGUUUGCUUUUGCUAGCUAGAGAUGACAAUCUUCCCCAUGUUUAGUAUGACAGUGGUUAUGCUGAACUGGACUGAUAUCUGGAGGUGUGGAUCAUCGAUCUGUAGACUUGAGUUUGAAUCCCCAUAAUUUCAGCUGGGGAACUUAAAUUAAAAUACCGGCCUUCACUGGGUUACAACAGGGUUCUGUUCCUGUGAACUGUUUAUAACCUGCACAGCUCACAAGUCUGAAAUGUAGCCACAAACAGAGUUCCCACAUGGCAGAAGAUGCCAGCAGCCCUCCUAGUUACCAGGAAAUCCAUUCCCCAGUCUCCCAAACACUCAUCCGUAUGCCUGGGCGGUACAUAAAUUGGGCAUUCGUAGCCUGGAGAAGCUACCAGAUUGUCAUAAAAAGUAUCAGCUUCAAAAAGAAUAUCUAGCCAGAGUGGCAUGCAUAUGAGUCCAGUCGUACCUGUAUGAUUGACUCUUCAUCUCCUACUCUAAUAGCCCAACAACCUAUUGUUUGCAGCCAAUUAGGAAUUGCCAAUAAAUAUCAAACACAAAAUGCUGGAGGAAGUCAGUAGGUAAGGCUGAGUACAGUCAACAUUUCAGGCUGAAAUGUGGAGGGAUAUGGACAGUCAACAUUUUGGGUGGAGACCCUUUACCUGGACUGGCCCAAAUGUCGACUGCCAGUGUUCUUGCCCUGGUCUUACAUGUAUCUCCUUCAUUGGAAUGAUCAAUUUGGGAAUGUUCCUCAAAUUGGGAAUGUUAGGGAACUCAAGAAAUAAGAGUAGGAGGAGGCCAUUCAGUCCUUCCAGCCUGCCCUUCCACUCAAUCCCAUCGUGGAUCUUCUGACCUGAGCCACAAGUCUACAUUGCUACCAGUUCCCCUAUUGCUCUCAAUCCACCACUGUAGAUAAAUAAUCCAUCCACAUCAACCUUGAAUAUAUUCAAUGCCUCAUCCUCCACAGCUCGGUGGGAUAGAAAGCUACAAUGUUCCACAACCCUUAAUUUAGUAAUUCCUUUUCCUCACUGCUUAAAAUGGGUGGCACCUUAUUCCAGAGUAGUGUUCCCACGUUCUACAUCUUCCCAUGAAACAAAACAUCUUCAAAGCAUUAACAGCAACAGGCAUAAAAUUCUGGAGGAACUCGGCAAGUCAGGCAGCAUCUGAGAAGGAAUAAGUAAUGAACAUUUCGAGCCAAGACACUUCAUUAUUCCUACACACAAUAGAAAUAGUUUUUUUGUUCCUUUCUCUCUUCCAUCCAUCUAUCUCUUCCUCUCCCAUCCUCUCACCUUCACACUCCUUGUCUUCUUCUCACCUGCCCAUCACCUCCCUCUGGUUUCCAUUUCUUCCAUGGUCUACUGUCCUCUCCUAUUAGAUUCCUCCUUCAGCCUGUUACCUCUUCCACCACUCCCCUCUCUGCUCCUUCGUUUAUUCCCCCUUCCCCACCUUCUUCCUAACCUGGUUUCACUUAUCACCUCCCUGCUUCUUGUUUCACCCCCUCACCCCCCCACCCACUUUCCCCCUCGCUUAUCACCACCGUGCUCCUUCCCCUCGCCCCACCUUAUUCUGGCUUCUACCCCCUUCCAUUCCAAUCCUGAUGAAUGGGCUCAGCUCAAGACAUCAACUACCUUUUCCCCUCCGUAGACGCUGCCUGACCAGCUGAGUUCCUCCGGCAUUUUGUGUGUGUUGUUCAUGAUAGCCAGCAUCUGCAGAAUCUCUUGUGUUUAUAAUUCACAGCGUUUACCCUGUCGAGACAAAUCUCAACAAGAUCACCUCUCAUUCUAUUAAACUCUAGAGAUAACCCUUCAUCUGAGGAAGUCAAACCAAUGAGCUUUCUCUGAACAUUCUAAGCAAGUGCAUCCGUCCUUAAGGAAGUAAAACAAAAGCAUCUGUAUUACUCCUGAUGAAGGGUCUCAGCCCAAAUCACCGACUCAUUAUUCCUCUCCAUAGAAGCUGCCUGGCCUGCUGAGUUCCUCCAUCAUUUUGUGCGUGUUAGAUUUCCAGUAUCUGCAAAAUGUCUUGUGUUUAGGCAUUACUCCAUGUGUGAUCCCACUGAUGUUCUAUACUCUGACCCUCUUACAUUAAAGGCCAAAGCUCUUUCCACAGCAGAGUACAACAGUAGUGCUGUUCAUAUGCUACUAUUAUUAAUACUGUGUUCAUUAAUCCUUGUAGACCCACCUACAGGUUGAGGUGAUUUUGUACUUGAUUAUUCUGAUGCCCUCUGUAAGAAAACUUGUGUGUUCUUCCUGUGUGCACGUGGGUUUCCUCCGUGUGCUCCUGUUUCCUCGCACAGUCCAAAGACGCACUGGUUAGCAGGUUGAUUGGUCAUUGUCAAUUGUCCCGUGAUUAGGCCAGGGUUAAAUAGGUGGGCGGUGCAGUUCGGUGGGCCGGAAGGGCCUGUUCUGUGCCAUAUCUCUAAGUGAAAUAUAUGCUCAAGGGAAUACCAAAUAGUCAUUCAGUUCUCCAUGCUCCUUUUGUACGGAAACAUUAGUGAAUGAAGAUCAUGGGUUAAGGGUGAAACGUGAAAUAUUUCAGCAGUGGCUCUGAGGACCGAACAGAAUGUGGUUUUCAGAUACUGGAGGUUUUUAGCUGUGUAAAUGUUUUACCCUUUUGCACUGUUCCAUAUUUGAUUGUCAGGAAUCGAAUGGGUGUAACAGGUCUCCUUGUUGUACUUGCUUUCUGAAUAAAGAUUCACUGGUU